UAGAUUUGACGAACCGGUUCUACCGAACUGGUGCGAACCGGUAGGAACCCACCUCUGAUUUGGGGCUAAUAUAUUCCUAACAUAUUUGAUAAAACAUGUUCCACUUGAACAGACAGCACAUAUGCCGUCAUCGUCAUCUAGUCAUAGUUGGUGGAACUGCCAAGACUAGAGGCAACUUUGACUCUCUAAUAAGAAGAGAGGGGUGUACUCAGAAUCUGACAAAGUUCCAAUAGAUUAAAAUAUGCCUGUAAGGAGAGGAGGAUCUUAAACUGGUUAAGCAGCAUCCGCAAAAUCACUUGACUCGUGACACGAUUGAGCGGAACAGGAGGAGGUAUUCACUGAGGGUGAAGUUUGGAAAGAGACGUGGAAGGACAACGGAGAAAACACGCAGAGAUGUCAGCCUUGCUUGGUCUGCUAGCUGCUUGCAUUGUUGUGCUUGUGAUUGCACAGUACCUGAAAAUACUAUGGAUGGCGCGAAAGCUUCCUCCUGGACCGAUGCCUUUCCCAGUUAUUGGAACGCUGUGGCAGAUGAGAUUUGACUUUUCUUACGAGACUCUUAUCACGCUAGCAAAGAGUCAUGGGAAUGUCUUCACCUUGUGGAUAGGGCAGUUACCAAUAAUUAUACUCAACGGAUUUGAGGCCGUGAAGGACGGUCUGACAGCCCAUCCAGAAGACUUGAAUGGACGGCCGACAAGUCCCUUUUUUGAAAAACUUGGCAAAAGGAAAGGGAUCAUUUUUGCCAGUGGAAACAUAUGGAAGCAACAUCGGCGAAUUGGGGCAAUGGGUCUCAAGUUUCUCAGCCAAGGAAAGUCAGGCCUGGAGCGUCAGAUCCAAGAAGAGGCUUUGCAUUUGAUUGAGGUCUUUGACAGCACUAAAGGGCAGCCCAUGGAACCUUCUUUCCACAUCAUUCUUGCUGUUUCCAAUGUGAUCUGUGUUCUCCUUUUUGGCUAUCGAUUCUCCAAAGAUGAUGAAACUUUCCGCCAGCUAAUCAAAAGUACUGAAUUUAUACUUCAAAUUGGAGGAAGCAUCUGGCAGACUGUCUAUGAAAUAUUCCCAUGGAUUAUGAAUCAUCUCCCAGGCCAUCAUCAGAGGGCCUUUGCUUGUUAUGAGUUUUCCAUUUCUUUUGCACUGAAGGAGAUCAGAAGUCAUGAGAAGAGUGGGAUGCUGGAUGUCCCACAGAAUUUCAUUGAUUUCUACUUGGCACAGAUGGCGAAAAAUAAAGAUGACCCCACAUCUACUCUGGAUGAAAACAAUCUGGCCUACACUAUCUUCGAUUUUUUCAUGGCAGGUUCAGAGACCACAAGUGCCACGUUGCAUUGGGGAUUACUCUACAUGGUGGCCUAUCCAGAUAUCCAAGCCAAAGUCCAAAAAGAACUUGAUGAUAUUCUGGGUUCUUCCUCCAAACUGAUCUCCUGCAGUGAUCAGAAGAAUUUGCCCUACACCAAUGCUGUUAUUCAUGAGAUCCAGCGCUAUGCCAACAUUAUUUUAAUUGGUGGCCCCAGACAAUCUGUGAAAGACACAGCAGUUCUUGGAUUUCCUAUUCAAAAGGGAAUUAUAGUUAUACCAAAUAUAUCCUCAGUCCUCUUGGAUCCUAAAGAGUGGGAGACCCCUGAAUAUUUCAAUCCUGAUCAUUUUUUGGAUCAACAAGGAAACUUUAUCAACAGAGCAGCCUUCAUACCAUUUUCCAUGGGUCAGCGAGCCUGUUUGGGAGAAAACCUGGCUAGAAUGGAACUUUUUCUCCUCUUCGCCAACCUGCUGAGGAGGUUCCACUUCCGGCUGCCCAAAGGAGUAACCAAAGUGAACACAAAAUACAUUAAAGGCAUGACGUUGCAACCAACUCCACAACUACUCUGUGCUCUCCCUCGCUAGCUCAACCCUGCCUUGUACUAUUUCCUACACAAUGCAUCUUAAUUUUUUUACCUUGUUCAUUUAUGCAGUUUUGUAAUUAUUUUCUAAUUUCUUAAUCUUGCUUCCCUUAAUGCCUUCUUAUUCUUUACAUCUUUCCUCUAGCCAUUUAUACCAUAUAUUCCUGUUCUGACCCCCCCUCGUCCCACACCAAAACGCUCCAA